AUGAGCGCCCCGAGAUGUGGGGUGGCCGACCUUGUCCACCCUCGGCGCACAGAAAGCAAUGCCACUAAGCACAGUAAGUUGCACGUGGUGGCGCGCUAUAACUUCUUUCCCGACAUGCCUAAGUGGCCGCCUUCUCGAACCCAUCUCAAUUACGCUUUCGGCCCGAUCCCGGGGGCCAUCCCGCUGGAGGAGUUGAGAGGAGUCUGCUCGAGAGCUUUCCAGACGUGGGCUGAUGUUACAUCGUUCACUUUCUCAGAAACUCCGUCGGGUGAGUCAACUGAUAUUGUCAUAGGCUUCUACAGCGGCGAUCAUGGCGACGGUCAUCCUUUUGAUGGGCCCGGCACUGUCCUUGCCCAUUCAUUUGCUCCGACCGAUGGUAGGUUCCACUACGACGCGGAUGAGCAGUGGAGCACCGCCCCGAGCUCGACCCAAUCCGACUUGGAAUCGGUGGCCUUGCAUGAAAUCGGACACCUCCUAGGGCUUGCCCACACUCCCGAUGAGAACGCCGUUAUGUACGCGAUAAUGAUGCCCGGUGCUCUCAAACGGGAUCUUCGACAAGAUGACAUCGAUGGCAUACGUGCUUUGUACGCUGGACAAUAG